UCUGUGGUUUUGUGCGCAUCAUCUUCUUCUCUAAUUCAUUUCAGUGAGAACGGUUGACAGGUCGAAAAUCAUGAUUAGGCCUAUGGGCUGAUAAUUUGGUGAUUCCUUGAGAUGAGGAGAAAAGCACUCCCAUGGCUUGAAUUGGCCUGGUUGAGAUUCCUGUCAGUUCUCAUCACUUUCAAAGUAUGAUCUGGACCUCAGCUGCUGCUGUUUCCUGUUUUAUGUUGGAGAUGGACACCACAGAUUUAUAUACCUCGGAUCUUUUAAACUACACAACAUCAAUUCCAUAUGGUGCUGUCUCAGAUGCUGUCUUUGAAACUCCACAGUGGACGAUCAUCCUGGAGGCAACCACCCUGUCCCUGAUAGCCAUUGCAGCGGGUGCCCUCAACACCAUCAUCAUCUACACCAUCCACAAGAAGACUUACCUGCAGAAUGCCAGCAACAGAUUCAUCUACAGUAUGACCUUGGCUAACGCGGUAAUGUCGUUCACCGUGUUGCCUUUCAACCUUGCAACCUGUGUCCUCCGGGAGUGGAUCUUUGGUGUGGUGAUGUGUAAUCUGAUGGGGUUCAUCUCGCUGUGUACACUGACUGGGUCACUCUUCAACGUGGCUCUCAUAACACUCGACAGAUAUUAUGCCAUUGUUCAGCCAAUGAUGUAUCCUCUGAAAGUAACAUCCAACUAUACCACUCACCUUAUAGUGUGCGUUUGGAUCCUCGCACUUGUGUGCACUCUGCCGCCCUCGUUUGGCUGGUCAAGGUACAGCUUCCAGAUGUCCAAAUCAGCCUGCAUGGUGGACUGGCAUUACGAGAAAUCAUUUUCAGUAUUUUAUGCAAUAAUGACGACAGUCUUCCCCCUGUUCCUCAUAUGCUUCUGCUACGGGAAUAUCCUCAAAGUUGCGAGGAGAUCAUCGCGUCGGGUCAGCCAUGGCAAUGUUGUUGUGGAGGAAGCGAUUCAGAAGAUGACAAGGAGGCGGUCAAGACGAACAUCUCUGCUGGUGAACAUCCGAAUGAAUUCUCCAACAAAAGCCUUACGGACGGUACUGGUCACAGUCAGUGCAAUAUUAAUCACUUGGUGUCCUUUCAUAAUAGAAUUGAUGUAUGAGACGGUGCAUGGCGAUGAGCUUAUAGCUGAUUGGUUAGAAGCCGGGGCCAUGUGGCUCUCCUACUGCAGCCUUAUAUUCAACCCAGUAAUCUACGCUAUCUGGAACAAGACGGUGCGGAACGAGGUCCUUGGGAUGUUCUGCGCAAGGUCACUUAAGCUGCAGUGGGCCUGGCGGGAUGAUGAUAACAUCCUUGCAAGGCGUAGAGAAUCAAGACGUCUUAGCAUUAGUGGGAGUAUCACUGAUCUAAGUUACACUUCUGCUUUGAGAAGAAAGUUCACUCUUCAAAGCACCCAGGUUACCAACACAGGACAGCAGACAUCAAGCGGCGAUUCAGUUGCAUCUGGAGUUCACCUGGCGAGUAUCAUCGAGUCUUCCACCAUCACCGCACCCGACACUGGAAACAGCUCUUCUGGAAAAUCCAAGCUGGCCAAACUGAAUUCUGGGGUCAAGAAGACAAGGGUUGAAACAUUGAAGACUGAACAGACCACACAGAUCAGCACUACUGCGCAGGUUCACCGACCGUCACAGAUGAUCACCAGGUCAAUGUCGGGUCGAAGUUCAACUUCAAAGGUCAUUGCGAAUGGAGGAGGGAAAAGUGUCGGGAGUGGAAGUCGUAAGCUCAGUAUUGUUAGCUUUGAUGAGAGCACUGUGAGCUGAUGACUUUGAUAUGAAUGGUAAGUUGCCACUUGGUCUACAGAAACUUUGUCUACUUUCCGUUUGGUCUCAUCCCAGAACUUUGAUCUAAUCCCAUCUUGUUUACAACCCAUUUAGUCUGUUUAUGAGCCAAAAUUGCAUUUGA